AUGCUCUGGUUGUACCGUCUGAACCACUCCGAGCUCGCCCAACGACACCGUCCCGACACCGACACCGACACCACAGAACAGCACGGCCGACCGGCUGCAGACAUGCCUUCUCAGACCGCUUUGGCAACGCCUGGCGACGACAGCGGCAUGGACAGCAUGACAGUCGCCGCCGCAUCGGCCAACGGCGCGUUCUACCACCACAACAUUGCAGCGCAACAGCACGCCAACGCAAUCCUCGGCACGGGCUUGUGGCGGCCAGAAUCCGCCCCUUCGACCGGACGGAACAUCUCGCCCAGCCCGCUGCUCAGACGGCUGGCACGAGGUGCAGGACGGCGGCACCAGAGCGAGAGUCCAUCGGGCAGACCAGCGAGAAUAUCGGAUCGUCGUGCUGGCUCGUCCAGCAGCAGCGGCUACCGCAGCUACAGCGCUAACACCCACGACACGCGCUAUGGCAGCGCCAGAAGCGCAUCGAUUUCGUCGGGCGUGCCGCCACCGUUGUCCCGGGACGAGUUCGAGGCACUUCCCGUUGCUAUACAGAGAAAGUACUUCUCUACGCUCGAACGACUUCGCUUCGCUCAGGACUCCGGUGUCGACGGGAUCUGCCAGCACUACGACGACAUCUCUGCACAGAAUCUGAAGCGCCGGAAGUCGCGCCAGUAUCCCAGCGGCUCAGGGAAUAUCUCUGGCCGUCUCAGGCGACAAUCGCUGCGGGAAUCGCCUGUGACCGACUCGUUCAUUUAUGCCGCCCUGCCCGACAAGCUCAGAAAGCGCGAGUUCAGCCGCGAGGAGCAGGUCAUAUUAGCAGGACAGCUCCGUGCCAGUGUCAUCCUCGACGCCGCCGACGAGGCCGUGUACAGGAUAGGACGGCGUGCCAGCACCCGGCAGCUCAUUCCGGACAUCCAGAUUGACAGUCCUUCACUGUCGACUCGGCGCAGCAUGGAGUCUGUAGGCAACGGCAGCAUUGGGCCGCUCGACCUGGCCGGCAACCGGGCCAGUGCCGUGCCCGAUUCAUUUUACAACUCUUUCCGGUGGGUAGACGAGGACGAGGACCUGGAUCUGCGUCUCUUCCUCGACGACUACCACGCCAAUCUCCGCGAAGCACUGCCCCAGCAUAACAAGGAGAGACAUCCGUCGUUCCGGCGCCGCAUGUCUGUGUCCAAGAUCCCCUUCAGCCUGCCGCUGGCCGAGCCAAGUCAGCCACCGGUGAAGGACACCCGGUCCACUGCGUCGGUGUCGCCGAGCCCGAGUCAGAGCUCAUCACCGUUUCCCACAGUGCCAUCCACGGUGCCAUCUACGGUGCCGCCGCAGUCACCAGUGGCCUCGCAGCACCCACGACGCAAGUCCCGGGCACUCUCGCUGAUCGGCCCCAAGCACACAGCACACACGGCACAUACAUCCCACAUAUCGCUCUCCUCGAUCGACCCGGGUGCAGCUCACUACCAAAAUCCCGAGGCGCGCCUGAAGCUGCGGGUGUACCUGGCCUCGCCGCAAAAGUUCGACGAGGCUAUCGAGUUUGGCUUUCCGUCGACGGAGGGGGUCUCGGAUGCGGCCACUGGAGCGCUGGAUGCCAAUUCUCCGAGACGGAGCCGGAGCCGAAUGCAUUCGCGCCGCACUCUCUCGGACAACUCCAACACGAUGCAGACGUUCCUGGACGACGACGAUGACGACCGGCUAGACACGGACCAGGCUUCGGUGCCCGAUCCCGAAUCGCCACGGACGCCGAACCUGUUCUCGACGGCCGAUACCGUGGUCGCCGGACACCGGCCAUCGGAAAGUUACGCUCAGGCGCCGAUGUCGUCGCGUGAGAUGACGCUGCGCAUGACGCUGACGCGGCCGGAUCUACGCGCCUGUGAGGAGCUCAUGUAUGGCUGGCAGCCGCAGCCGCUGCCGCUGGGCCGCAAGUCGCAGUCGCCGCUGCGCGAGGACCUGGCCAUGGGCAGCAGCUCGCGGCCCAAGGACAGCAUCGACCAGCUGUUUGCGGGCAUCGAUCACUGGGGCCCAGACCCGCCUGAGAAGGGCAUGAUGAAGCGGUUCUGGCACCGGAUGCGGCGAUCCUGA